ACACAUCGCCUCCUUUUUAUUACCCUUGCAGCCACAAGCCUCUCUGUGUGUGUGUGCACGCCAGCAUCACUCUUAACGAUGUCUGCUGAACGUUUUGACUGCCACUACUGCAAGGAGUCCUUGCUGGGGAAGAAGUACAUCCUUAAGGACGACACCCAGUACUGCACCAAGUGCUAUGAGAAUCUGUUUGCCAAUAGUUGUGAGGUGUGCUCCCAGCCCAUCGGAUGCAACAACAAGGAUCUGUCCUACAAGGAGCGCCAUUGGCACGACCAGUGCUUCAACUGUGCCAAGUGCAAGCGCUCUCUGGUGGAGAAGGCCUUCGCUGCCAAAGACGAUCUUCUGCUCUGCACAGAGUGCUACUCACAUGAAUACUCUUCCAAGUGCACCACUUGCAAGAAGACCAUCAUGCCAGGUUCAAGGAAGAUGGAGUACAAGGGAAACAGUUGGCACGAGACCUGCUUCCUGUGCCAGCGCUGCCAACAGCCAAUAGGAACCAAGUCCUUUAUCCCCAAAGACAAUAGCUACUUCUGUGUCCAGUGCUAUGAGAAGCAGUUUGCCUACCAGUGUUGUGCUUGCAAAAAAGCCAUCACCACCGGCGGAGUGACGUACCAGGACAAGCCGUGGCACCGCGACUGUUUCCUGUGCAUCGGCUGCAAGCGGCAGCUGGCUGGUCAGCGCUUCACCUCCCGUGAAAACUACCCCUACUGCCUGGACUGCUUCAGCAACCUCUACGCCAAGAAGUGUGUGGGCUGCACCAAGCCCAUUACCAACCUGGCCGGAGCGAAGUACAUCUCGUUUGAGGAGCGUCAGUGGCACAGUGAGUGCUUCAGCUGCAUGCAGUGCUCCGUCACACUGGUGGGCCGUGGCUUCCUCACCCUGAGGGACGACAUCCUGUGCACCGACUGCGGACGCGAGAAAUGAGAUGGACACAUGGACACACACACACACACACACACACAGAGAAGCAUACACGCACACACACACACACACAC